UUUCCACCUCCCUCAUGCAAGAGGACGAGGAGUCUCCCCUCCAGCAUUUAUUCCAUGGGUCCACUGAAAGCGUUCUUUUGGAAUUGCAUCCUUGUCGGGAUAGUGGCGGUGACUUGGGUUUGCCGGCCUUGUUUGGUCCUUGGUUUUAGUAGUUCUGCUUCCAGCCAAGAUAACCCUUAUGGGUCAGGUCGCAUACCGGUACCGGUAGAGCAACAGUGGCUUUUGCUAGAAGAGCAACUAGUCCCACCGACAAAUCCACCACUGGUCAUUGACAGUAGUAGUGACGGUUGGACCGAACAAUUAUUGGAUCCUACUUUGCCAACAUUGGCAAGAGAACGAAAUGGAUGGUGUCUCUACAGCACUCGUCUCUGGUUGGCACUGGAAGUCAAGUGCAUUCCCUACCAAACGAUUCUUGUGGAGUAUCACCAAGAUACCUACGAUGGAAGCUACGACCAAGAUGCCUACCAUCGGCUGCCAUCCUUCUUACAUGAGCAGCAGCUGCCCCUUCUUUCCUUGCCCCCUAAUCCAACCGAAUGGCUCUCGGGUGGCACGGAAGAUUCCAGUUGGGAACUGCUCCAGAAGAUUGAAGACGCAUUUCCCGAUUGUAGACCGAUGAUCCCACCCGACAACAACACUGCGGAUAGUAGUAUGCAGGAUGCUACUGCCAAGGCAUACCAAACGGCACUCCCGACGGGGGCACGGUCAUCUCCCCGAGCAGGAUGGUUGUUUUCAAAAGUGGAAGGCUAUCGGCUGGAUGCCUUGCCGCGGGAAUCCUUCGAGAGGUUUCUCGAUAUUGCAGAAGAAACCAUCCGUGGUCCUCUCUUUGCAGGACCGUCCUUGUCACUGGCCGACAUUGUGUGGGCACCCUUGUUGGAACGCUACCACGUGCAGCUGCCCUCGUUGCACCAGGACCUCUUUUUGCUGCUGGGCAGUACCAACGAGUCUCAGUCGCGUCGUUGGCCUAAAGUACAACGCUGGUACCAGGCAAUGAUGACUGUACCGGCAUAUGCCUGCCGUGUCAAAGGAGAUGCCGUGUCCUGGCACAAAGUGUUGAGUCGAGAACCGUGGUGGCCGUCUCCCGAUUUGUGGCAUCCACGAGAUACAGUGGGCCCAAAGGGAGAAUUGUACUUGACGAGCGAGGAAUGCAGUCAGCUGGAUGAAGAACAACAACAACAACAACAACAACAAUCCACGACGCUUUGGAAAGCGUACAGCGAGGCAAGACAUCAUAUGUCUCCCAAAGGACCGGCAGGUCAGGCGGCACUAUUGAUCUUACAAAACCGAGCCGCCAUUUUGGAAGAUGCCAAGCGGUGGAUGGAGGAGGAAGGUUAUAACGACGAACACUUGAAAAACAAUGACCUCGAUGCUGGACUGUGCGCGAUUGUGACACGGCUGUCAAACAUGGACAACGCUGGUGGUGGCGAUGAUGAGACCCUGACGCAGUUUGAAUGCGAAGAAGAAUCCACAACUGUGCCAAUUAUGAUUAUUUUGCUCCAGUACCUGGAUAGUCGAGUUUGUGUCCCACGCGAUAUGGGCGCACUGUCGGCGGCAGCUCUGCGCCGUCUCAAGGCGACCUUUGUCGGUUGAAAGUCUCAGAAUUGAAUGUUACCCACUGUGAAUGUGGGGAGCUUUGGGAUUCUUCCAAACUACACAAUCAGUGCAUACCCGCCGCCGGAUGCACAAGGAGAGAAAGAACUGUUGUCUACUAUAUUCAAUUUCUACAGUUCAGGUCGACCAAUUCUGAUGGAAGAUCUCGGCGUCAUUCCCCACCUGGUUCGCAACAGAGAAAACACGCAACAACUUGCUACGGACAUCCUUGUUUUUGACCUACACACAGCCGAGCACCUUUAGCAUGAAUUCAAAGGGGCGGCUCUCCUGGUCAAUUUGAUUGAACGUUCCAACCAUGAAUACUUCCUUGUCGGGUGAAUAAAAGGAAAACGAGGCAUUGGCUCCACUGUGUCCAUAAAUCGGAGGAAUAUCAAAGCAGUACAGUGUCAUCCAUUUGGGCAGUUUGAAGCGCAUCAAUCCGUAGCCGUAUUGGAGGGGCGGGACAAAGACAGUGUUCCACUGUGUUUGAUUUUGCUCGUGUUGCUGGUGCUUUUUAUUGUCAAACAACUUACCAUCAAAGUAAGCCCGCAGAAAGACCAACAUGUCGUCCAUUGUGGAUACCACGGCCCCAUCCGGUUGAAAAGAUGACAUGAUUUUGCCAACAUUGUCGAGUUCCUUCUCCUUGUAAAAGAAAUUCAUGGGUGGCGUACGAUCCUUCGCAAGCUUAUUAAUGUCAAACACGUAGGUAUCCGCGCUGAGCCCGAGUGGUUGAAAGAUGCGCUCUUGGAAAUUUUCUGCAACGGACUUUUCCGUCACGCGUUCGAUAAUUUCACCCAAGAGCUGCCAGUUGGUAUCGGAAUAGAGGGAUCUCUUUCCACCCUUGGCGGAUGGUUCAAAGACGGGGGUGAUUUGUUUGGCCCUGUUGAGAUAGUCCAUUCGAGUCCACUCGUGAUCUUCGUUGGCAUGGAAACUAUCCAGCACACAUUUCCCUGUUGUCUUGUCCUUUUGCAAAAAGUAAUCGGGAAUUCCCGAUGUUUGAUGGAGUAGUUCGUGAAUCUUGAUCUCCGCGCUGUAGUCCUUUCCCUUGUAGACAUGGAUCUUAUCGAUCGUUUCUGCAGGCAGAUACUGAGCCAUGCAAUCGUCCAGACUCAUCUUGCCCUCGUCAACGAGCUGGAAUAUGACAGUGGACGUCAUUAGUUUGGUUUGACUGGCGAUAAAGAAUGGAUCUUUGGUCGAGAUGGAAGUGUCGCUUCCAGCGCAUUGGCGAAAAUCGAGUUUGGAUUUGUCUCUGGACUGCACACCCAAAAGAAUUCGACGCGAGUUCUUUUUCUUGGCUUCGGCCUGCAGCAAAGAUUCUAGCUUCUUGACGCUGUCAGUGCCUUGAUUCGGUGUGGAUGUGGAUGAUUUCAUGUUGAUGAUCGAGUUGUUUUAUUUUGUGAGGAGCUUUCGGAUCUUUGGUUUCCGGGGGUGGCGAGUGGAAGAUCGGCCCAUGCAGGGAGCACAUGUCGGUCAGCAGUAAACCAUACCCCAAGUUGGUACUAAGUUCUUCUAAGUAAUUUCACUGGGACUCUUGACAGUUACAUUAAUUAGACAAAC